GAAUACAUGUGUCUUUCGAAUGUUUGUUUGAUGACCAUUCGAUGAUCGAUGGUAACCAUUCGAUGAUAAUUUUUUUUCUGAAUGAUUUUUCGAUCGAAACAACCAUGGAUGAACAAGUAGAAAUGGAAAAGCCAGAACAAUUAUCAUCAUCAUCAAGAAAAAAAGAAUUAUUAUCAAUAUGUUUACCACAAAAACGUUAUUAUCGACAACGUGCACAUUCAAAUCCAAUUGCUGAUCAUUUUUUUGAUGAUUAUCCAAUAAUACCGGAUGAUGUUGAUUGGUCAUCAUUUUAUCCAAUUUAUUCGAAUGAAAACAAAAAUUCCGAAUUUAAUAAUCCACAAGUAGAAUUUCUUGAUAUUGGUUGUGGUUAUGGUGGUCUUUUAAUUGAAUUAUCACCAUUAUUUCCUCGAUCAUUAAUGUUGGGUAUCGAAAUACGACAAAAAGUAUCGGAUUAUGUUGUUGAACGUAUACGUGCAUUACGAAUACAAAACCCUGGACAAUUUAAUAAUAUAAAUUGUAUACGUAGUAAUGCAAUGAAAUAUUUACCAAAUUUUUUUCGUAAAUCACAAUUAUCCAAGAUAUUUUUCCUAUUCCCGGAUCCACAUUUUAAAAAACAAAAACAUAAAUGGCGUAUUAUUAGCCAACAAUUAUUAUCCGAAUAUGCAUAUUUUUUACGUAUUGAUGGCUAUGCUUAUUUUGCAACCGAUGUUAAAGAAUUAUUUGAUUGGAUGUUUAAACAUUUCAUGGAACAUCCAUUAUUCAUUGAAAUCAAAGAUGACGAUCCUAUAAUUGAAAAAUUUUCAUUAACCGAAGAAGGAAAAAAAGUUAAACGUAAUGGUGGACAAAUUUGGUAUGCUAAAUUCAAGAGGAUUGCAGAUCCUUGUACAGAAAAUGAUUGAAAAAUU